UGAAUGACAACAAAUAUGGCCACAAACAAGGAGUUUUAUACUGAUUCCAACGACAGAGAUUUUCUCAAACGAGUUCGAGAUCAUAGGGAUGAUUGGCCCCUUCAAGUAACUCAACCAGUUGCAGGAAACUAUUACCCAAUCAAUCUUGGAAUUUAUACCAAGGAUAAGAAAUCUGAGUUCUCAGUCUUAGUUGAUCGUGCCACUGGUGGGGCUAGCAUCAAAGAUGGUGAGGUGGAAUUGAUGCUUCAUAAUCAAAACCAAACAGCUAAACACACUGCCAUGGAAAGAAAAUCACCAAGACAAACAACCAAUAGAGGAGCAUUGCUGAAGUGA